AUUUGCAUUUCAUUUUCUGCAAAAUUUCUACAAAAGUUUUACUGUGUGCUUCCUGCGCGUGAACUGCUGCAUCAUUUGGGGAUUUCCACAUCAAGCUUUCGAAACCGAAAUCAGGUAAUGUAUACGAACCUCUGAUUUUGGUUUAGUCGAAGUGUCACUCUCCUUUCUCCCUUUUUGUGGUUGAUUUAGAGUCCUCUGAAGGAAGCUAGGGUUAGAAGUGAGAAUGAUUUUGAAUGUGUGUUAGAGGGGGGUUUUUUUUUAUUUUUUAUUUUUUUAAAAGGGUCCUGACCUUCAUUCCUCCCCCCUACUUCGUGCAAAGAUUGAAAAAAUGUUUUCAGAAGAAACAAUAAGUGUAGUAGGGAGUAAGGUGAUGCCCCUGGAUUAUGGUAGCAUGGACUCGGAAAGUAGUUCGUCUCCAUCUAGUUCAGAGAAAACGGUGGAGGGGGUAAGAGGAGAUGAGGUGGUGAAGGUUGGGGGGAAUGAAGUGGUGGGGGUUGGGGGGAAUAGUGUUCCCAUCACUGUGGUAGAAGUAGAGGGUAGGGGAGAGAGAGGUUAUGACGCAGAUGUAGACAUAGUGGAAGAGGUGAAGCAGUAUAGAUUUGAACUCAGGACCAGGGAUAGCUUGGGUCACUUAGUGGAGAAUUACAAGAUCUCUUCCCAAGUGUUAGUUAGGCCAGCUGGGGUAGAGGAGAGAGCCUGUUCUGCUCCUCGGGAUCAUUAGAUGCCCAUGUAUGCCCACUAUUUGAUAGCCAGGCUUAGGUUUCCAAUUCCUGAGUUGCUAGUGGGUAUUCUUUUAGAUUACAACAUUGGGUUGACACAGUUAGUCCCCAACGUUAUGAGGGUAAUAAUAGAAUUUCUAGUUU